GUCGGGUCCACGUUGACAGUUGCUGUAACCUCAGGUGAGUUUGUGGAGCCGUCGCUGUGUUUCCUGGUUGUUCUGUGACCUCACGGACGCCUCCAUAUAUUAAGUAGAAUGAGUGUGGGCUUCAUAGGAGCAGGCCAGCUGGCCCAUGCGCUGGUGAGAGGCUUCGCAGCAGCAGGCGUGAUUGCCACCCACAGAAUCACAGCCAGCUCCCCAGACACAGAUCUCCCCACAGUGCAGGGACUGAGGAAACUGGGUGUGAAUUUCACUACCAGCAACAAGGAGACGGUGAAAAGAAGCGACAUCCUCUUCCUGGCCGUUAAGCCCCACAUACUUCCGUUUGUGCUGGAUGAGAUCGGGCCGGACAUCGAGGAUCGUCACCUUAUCGUGUCGUGUGCGGCGGGCGUCACCAUCAGCUCCAUAGAGAAGAAGCUGCUGCAGUAUCGCCCUGCUCCAAAGGUGAUGCGUUGCAUGACCAACACUCCAGUGGUGGUGCGUGAAGGAGCCACUGUGUACGCCACGGGCACGCAUGCAGAGGUGGAGGAUGGCAAGCUUCUGGAGCAGCUGAUGGCCAGUGUAGGAUACUGCACUGAGGUGGAAGAGGAUCUGAUUGAUGCUGUUACGGGUCUCAGUGGCAGUGGCCCUGCUUACGCUUUCACAGCGGUGGAUGCGCUUGCUGAUGGUGGAGUGAAAAUGGGCCUGCCCAGGAGACUGGCUGUCCGCCUCGGAGCCCAGGCCAUGCUGGGGGCAGCUCGAAUGCUCUUGGACUCAGACCAGCACCCUGGGCAGCUCAAGGACAACGUGUGUUCACCAGGGGGCGCCACCAUCCAUGCCCUGCAUGUUAUGGAGAGUGGUGGAUUCCGCAGCCUCCUGAUUGAUGCUGUGGAGGCUUCCUGUAUUAGGACUCGGAAACUUCAGUUAUUGGCUGACCAGGAGAACAUCUCUCCAGCCGCCAUAAAGAAGACAACUCUGGACAAAGUGCUCCAGCAGCCCGGAGUGAACGUAGAGGCUUCAGGAAUCAAACGCCGUGCGAUCAGUUUCUUUAACAGCAGUAACCCCAGGACCAACAAGGACUGAAUCCGCAGCAUUUAAUUUGAUUCUUCACAUCACUGACAAUCCAGGAUAAGCCAUCAGUAAAUACUGUUAUUUCACCACCACUGGCAGAUGGUCUCUGAAACAUAAGCUAAACUAAUGUUUAGAUAAAAAAAAAAUCAUCUGAAUUUGUGAUGAUACCUGAUGCAUGUUUGUAUAUUGUAAUGAAAUGCAUUUCCUUUGUAAUGUUUUGUUUUGUUCAUUGAUUCCCUCUCCAUUUGAGGUUCAGUUCCUGUGCUAUCAUAGGACUUCCCUUGGUGAGUUAAUGGACUUUGAGAUAUAUGAAAUUUCAUUAUCUGUGGGCAUUAAUGUUUUCCAAAUUUUCUGUCACUUGGUACUUAUUCUGUGGUAGUUGGAAAAGUAGGUUUACUAGUUAGGGCAAGGUCACACACACGUGAAUGCGAAGCAAGUAUCGCAGGUCAUGUGGACCAGAGUUGAACUCCACGCAAAGCCACACCGAGAAUUUACUUUGCCACAGGAAGUAGACGUGUUAUUCACCUCCUCGUAUGCACAGAUUUUGUGUGUCACCAUGACCGUAACCAUGCAGUCGUUGGUAGGCAGUUAAGCGUUUGUUGCUGUGUCCCGCCAAUAUGUUACAGUUACAUGAUGGUUGGGACAUAUUGUGGUUUUCAUUUUGGGGUCUAUGCCUCAUUCUGUUUGUGAACAUCACAACUAAGAAACAACACCGUCUAAAAAUCACAUACUUCCACUGCAUUUUACUGCUGAUUACACGUUGG